ACAGGAGACAUUAUGGCGGGCGUGCCAUUGUGGAGGCCCUGUUCUGAGUGGAAUGCGUCGUUCUGUCCAACCCGAAAUACAAAUGUAUAGGGGCUUCGCUUUUGGAGCAUUUCGUCAGCCUCACUCGCAAACUCACGUCGUCGCCCGGGCAGUAGUAGAAGAAGUUCGCCCGCCUAGAGGCUACUUUGGGUGCGUUCAGUUCUACGGACCUGCACCCUCUCGAUAUCACAAUUCUACUGCUCUGCGCUUCAGGAAUGGCACAGCCUCACCAUGCGACUGCAGCAGGCGAGUCUCCCGCGUGCUGCGCUCGUGAAUCAGCAGCUCCGGUGGAAUUUUGCGGGAGCUUUGGGUGCAGUCUGGCCCGUUGGUUGGUCCAGUGUGCAGGAGCACGUCGGGGAGUUGAUUUCGUUAAGUGAAGGAGGUUGGAGUGAAGGCAGGGGGAGUGGAGAGGGUUUGGAAUGGUGGAAUGCAGACGUGAGUAGUUGUGUGGCGAGUAAGUGUGGUGAAGAAGUUUGCAAGGGAGAGGGGAGCGAUGGUUGUUGUUGGUGGUGUGGUGGUGUCGGAUAUGUUGGAGGUGUUGCUCGUUGCCAGAAAUGGUUUAGUGUUGCUGUUCGAGUAAUGCGGAAGCUGAAGGUCAUUCCAGUGCCUACGCGGAUGAGGAAUCGGGAGGAAGCGGAUCGCUGGUGUGCGUUUGAUAUUGCUUCGAUCGAGAAUGGCUCGUGCUGGGCUGUAAAGGGGCGUGUUCCAACAGGACUCUUCUUUGGUGAUUCCAUUGAGGUGGACUUGAAAUUUGUGUUGGGAGAGGGAAAGACACUAGAGUCAACCAACACUGAUAUUCAUGAUUCUGGUAAUAACAUGACGGACAACUAUAGUUUGAGCUGCCAAAGUACAGAUCUUGAGGUCCUGUCCUGCUCAUAUACAGUACACGUGGUUAGCACUUCAAUAGGUGUCCCUUUGAUACUCGAUGGUGCGAAGCCGGGAAAUAAUGGCUCACCUGUGCCGGUUCUUGAUGCUUCAUCAUUGAGAUUUAUGGCAGAAGAUAGUAUAACAUCCGACCGGGUGGAAGUGCUCCAUCAUGGGCAGUCCUCAUUUCGAGGAUCUAACGACACGUCAAUGCGGUUCUUUGUGGGUUUUUCACAUAUUGUAUGGAGACCGAUCUGGACCUUGUGGCGCUUCUUUAUACCCCAGUUGAUGAAGUUUGUCGCUCCGCUUAAAAUUGGUUAAUCAAUGUCUGCAUCAUAUCAGGUGAAAAAGGCGUGUACGUCGUGGACUCCCGAAGAACAACCUGCAAGUUGCUGGUGAAUUUCUGGCUUAAGUCUUACGCCUAACUGCCUCCACACUCGUAUCUUAGCAUUAGAAGCUACCAGGUUGGUAGUUUCGAGAACUGGAGGGUUCACCUUAGUAAUGAUGAUUUUUACAUUGUUUCGAUGCAGUGCUCGCCAAGAUAGGCUCCACGACUUGGGAAAUCCUACUCACAUCUUGGGAGGAGCUCAAGCUUGGGCCACAGUAGGAGUAGGUCUAAGUUUGAGAGGUGUGUGUUUGUGAGCUUUUUGUAGUUUUUAAUUGGUCUGUGAAGAAAUAUUGUUAAUAUUAAUAUUCAACUAAUUUUUUCCCCCAAAAAUCCAGGAAGGUCAAAGAUGUAGUGUUGUGAUACCUCACUAGUCUGGCAAAUAUGCUGCAUCUGAAGUGUAAAGAUCACGGAUGCCCUGCACUUUGCACCUUCA